AUGCAACUGCCAAAGCUGCCGUCCGUCGCAGACCUCAUCCGGCUGUACGGUCUGUCCGCCAAGUCGCAGCUCAGCCAGAACUUUAUCCUGGAUCUCAAUGUCACAAAUCGCCUCAUUGCGCCGGCCAAGCUCAAGGACGCCAUCGUCAUCGAAGUCGGAUCUGGUCCCGGCGCGCUCACUCGCUCCAUCCUGGAAGCAGGGCCCAAGAAGGUGUUUGCCAUUGAGAAGGAUCGCCGAUUUCUGCCUUCAUUGCAGCUACUCGCGGAGGCGGCUGAAGGGCGAAUGCAAGUCGUGCAUCACGAUAUUCUAACUCUUGAUUAUACAAAGCUAUUGGCGCCGCUCGUCAAGCCUCAGCCAUGGAGUGAGCCAAGUAAUGGCGUCUACAUUAUCGGAAAUCUGCCGUUCAACAUUUCCACACGAUUGCUAGUGGAUUUAGUACACGAUUGUCGACUCAAACGAGGCGUGUUUGGGUUUGGCCGCACGCACUUGCUCUUUACGUUUCAACAUGAAGUAGCUGAGCGAAUUGUCGCCAAACCUGGAACAAGCGAUCGGAGUCGUCUGUCGCUCCUAGUGCAGCACGCUUUCGCUGCUCGGUAUCACUAUCACAUGCCAAACACUGUGUUUGUACCGCCGCCAAAGGUGCAAGUGGGUGGUGUCUACUUUGCCCCAUUGGAGCAACCAAUGACAGCAGCUCCGAUUGCCUCAGUGGAGCUGGUUGCGCAGCACAUUCUAAACCAACGUGGCAAAUUCAUCUCUAAUGGCGUUGGGCGUCUAGUCGGCGGCAAUGCAGACAUUGCACUGCAACUGCUGGAACAGGCCAAAAUACCUCCAACGACGCGUGUUUCGAAUGUAUCAACAGAGCAGUUUGCCGCGUUGGUUGACGCGUACGAAGCCCAUUUACAAUCGCCGCUGGCGGCAACGCAUGGCGGUCCGAUGAUGAGCCCGUCGCAACGCGAAGCAAAGCGAAUCAAGUUGAUGCACCGGCUCGAACGUCUGUCCGAGAAGGGUGCGGUGGAUUGGACUGAAUUGCGGCCAGACCCAUCGGGCCGAGCGGCCGACGAUCAGGAUCCUGCCCGUGCCAACAAGAGUGGAAACGUUGUCAAGGUCGUUUCCUCUCGCAACGCCGCAGUCAUGGUUCUACCCGCACGAGCCUCGUCCUCCCCCGAGGAGAUGCGCGCCGGGUCGGCAGAAGGAGGUGCUUCACCUUCCCUGCCACAAGACAACGACGAAGGAGUGUCCACAC